AAAUGAAGAUUGGUUCAACUGACAUGGAAUUGACUCAUAUUAUGCAUUUUCUCUGUUUCUAUCGUUCCUUCGUUUCUCCAUUUCGAAGCAGCUAUGGAAUCCGACCCUGCUGCUCCGUCACCGAACCCCAAACCGAACCUACCACCACCAACUAACGCCGUUAUUUCCUCCAAACCAAAACAACGAGACUUACUAACCCAUCUGGAAGCAUACCUCGCCAAACGUGACGGCGUCGACAAGCUUCUCAAGAUUUGCCGUUACGUCACGAAGCUGAUCGUCGCUUCGUCAAUCCUUCCUUUGGACCCGAACCUCUCCCACCGUCUCAAAAGCUUCGAAUCUAGCGUCGGCGUGAGCCGAAAAGCGUUCCGAUUAGGCAAAUUCGUUCAAGACCUCAACGCGCUGCGUAACGCGCGCGUGGAUUCCACGAGGGAGUUGAUCGUGUCCGUGAUCGCUUACGGUAGCGAGGGAUUGUACUUUUUCGUUGAGCAAUUCGUUUGGUUGGCGAAAACCGGGUUGAUCGAUCCGAAGCGGUCGAAAAUUUUGACGAAGAUAAGCGCUUAUGCGGAAUUUGUUGGUUAUUUCGGGAGUGUGGCGAUGAAAGUUAGGGAUUUGGGGGUUAUUAUCGAGGAAGAAGGUUGUUUGAAAUCGAGCAUUGAGAUUGAGGGUUUGAGAGGGGAUGAUUUUGGAGAGAAGGAAUUGAAGUUAGGUAAAUUGAGAGAGAAGAAAUUGAUGAAGAGGUUUUCAAUUGUUCAGGAUUUGGCUGAUGGGUUAAUGGCUUUGGAUGAUAUUUUGGAUGGGAAGGCGCCGUUUUCGAAGCCGAUUGUGUUGUCUUCUGCAGGGCUUUUGUCAGCACUUAUUAGUACUCACAAGAAUUGGGUUUCUUGCUGACUUUCUGUGUGAAGAUUGCCUGGAAUAGAGUAUAGAUUCUUUCGUAACAAGUGUUAUAUAACAUCACAAUACUGUAGUUGGAAGAGAAAAGGAAAAGAAUUGAUUUGAAGGCUUGUGAAACUUGAUUUGAAGCCUGUGUUCAAAAGAGUGUUUUGCAGCUAUCUUCUGUAACCUUAAUAAAAUUUUCAGAUUUAGAAGAGCAUUUCUCUUGAAUAGUUCUGUAACUUUUACUUGGUGUUUCAGUCAUGUGGGAGUAAGGACAGUUAUUUCAUUAUCUUAGUCACAUUGUUGUUUGCUAACUAUCAACUUCUUUACAUGGUGUUAUGAUAGCUACCGACUGAUUUUCAUACUUUAAUCUUAAACUUCGUUUGGGGGUGUUUCAUUUUUUCCCUCAAUCACAUUGGAGAAUUGGGAGUAUGGUAAUUGUGGAAGUCUUUUGUUGUUCAAUUUGUGGAUUCUGAUUUGCCAAGGAAAAAUGAAAUAAGAAAAAUGCCUGUAGUUUUUCAAAUGCAAUUUUAGCCAUAGCUUUUGUAUUUUAGUUACUUUACAUAGGUUUUUAGUGUCAUUAUAGAGGCUGUAAUAUUGCUUAAGACAAUAGAAAGAGUAUCAUAUUUUGUUCCUGUCAAGUUUCAGUAUAUUCUGUACUUUUUUGGGCCUGUUUAUCUGGAUUCUUAUGUAAGUAUAACACUGUUUACAGUAGUUGGAUACCACUCUCUACUUCAUUAGGACGAAUAUGCAAUAAUUACAAUUUACAACAUUACUUCAUAGAUAUUUCUUUCCACAGAUUAACUGCAUCUGAUUCUCAGGAAUAUUGUGAUUCUAACUUGCUUUUGUACUAGCCAAAAUCUUUAGAACAGUAUUUGAUUGUUUGAGCUUAUAAAAUGAUAUUAACUCUCCUGGUUAGAUUGCAUCAUAUUUGGAUUAGCUCAAUUGAGGCUAUUUAUCUAGAGGUCAAGGGUUUAAUAUGUUCUCUAUUCUAUAUGGUGUAAAAAGUUGGAGGCUUUGUGGAGAGUCAGCUUGUUUGUAGUGGUGAUAGAGUAAUGGGUUUGGUAGUUUGUUAUCCUUUCACUAUAGCAACAGCAUUUGGUUUUGUUAUAUGAGACUCAUGGUGCUUUCACUAAGAUGGAAAAUGUGAAUUUUUAAUGUUUUCUUUAAAAUAAAAAAAUGUUUUUUUAUAGAUGCUGUGGACAAUAUUACCUUCACCAUUUCUAAAGGGUAUUACAUUAUUGGUUUUGUACAGUUGUUUAUGAUUUUCCUAUUUAUAUUGUUGGCACAUCUGUCUGAGAUCAUCUAAAGAAUAUUUGCAAGAGUAUUAAUGCUCCUUGCCUCAUACUUGUUGAUUUUAAUGAGAAAGUAUUCAUGAAGUCAUUGGGUUUCCCUUAACUUUUCUAGUGUGAAUCUUGUUGAAAAUGAACCAUUGUAACAUGAUGGAUAUGGAUACAUCACACUGGGUAAAGAGAAGUUCAUAGUUAGCAAACAAUAAUGUGGCUAAGAUUAAGGAUGUUCAUAGUUAGCAAACAAUAAUAUGGCUAAGAUUAAGCAUGCAAAAAUGAUAUGGAUCGGAGGAAUAUGAAUUAGAUUGCUAAUGGAUAAAUCAAAAGAAUUCUAGUAAAAUAUCUUUAAAAAAAAUUCAAUCUAAUUCAUUCAUUAAAGAUAAAAUUCAUCUAAUCCAUUAACACAAUUUUUAUGGGUGGAUAUCCAUCAUGAAUUCACCCAUUUUUAUAAUAAUUUUUUUUACAAUAUUUAUUUUAAUUUGAAAAAAUUCCAAAAACUCUUUUUUUUUUUUUAAAUUUCUAAAAUAUAUUUUUAACUAUACUCUCUAUUACCAACCAACUUCAAUAAAUAUUAGUAUAAACAAUGUAAAAUUUGAAAGAGUUAAAAGGUAG